AUGCCACCACCCGACCGAAAACCCUUAAGCUCAAACAUACGCGCCCUCGACCACAAAGAUGCCAAAAUCCUCGCGCAAACAGGACGACUCCCCUCAAAGAAUGCACCAGCUUCUUCGCCAGUCCCUCCACCAGCGCCAUCAUCAGCCCCAGAAUCACCAGGCCCCAGCCUGGCUCGCAAAAGGCAUCUCCACUCCUUCUUCUCCAACUUCCGCCAACGCUGCGCAGCUCUCCCCCGCCCAGUACGGCUCAUGGGCCGGGGCGCUCGCGCUUUAAUCCCACUCAUUCCAAUCAGUCUUUUCUUCUCGGAGCAUGUUCUGCAAAUAAUGUGGGUUAAGGGCCCGUCGAUGACGCCGUAUCUGAACGAGGACUAUGACCAAAUGCAAACGAAAAGCGAUAUGGUGCUGGUAAAUAUGUGGUCGAUGCAUCGGCUACUGCCUUGGAAGGAUAAGCGGAGGUUGGAAAGGGGGAUGGUGGUUACAUUCCGGUCACCCGGCAAUUCAUCCCAUGUCGCCGUCAAGCGUGUCAUUGGUCUCCCCGGUGAUCGUAUUACUACCCGUGAACCGUGCAUGAAAGCUACUCAGAUCGUACCUUACAAUCAUGUUUGGCUGGAGGGCGAUGCAGAGGACCCGGGCAGAUCGAUGGAUAGCAAUACUUAUGGGCCCGUCAGUAUCAGUCUGAUCAGCGGUCGAGUCAUUGGUGUGCUGACUCCACGAAUGCGCUGGUUGGAUUGGACAAAGUGGGAGUCUGGGCAUGUGGAUGAUGCUGGGCCGGAUAGUCAGUUGGGCCCUAAUUAUCGGCAGGAAGUACGCGAUCGUGUCUUAAAGGAUGCUGUCAAGUUGGAGAAACCACCUGAUUUUUGA